AUGCUAAAAAGUUUUCUUUUGGCAAGUUUAUUAAUAACUGUUACUCCUAAAUAUGAUGAAGAAUCAGAAAAUGCCAUAAAUGUACAAAUAUCAACAGGUAAUAAUUCACCUUUAUCCAGUCAAACAGAAUAUAUUUAUUCACCAACAUUACCACCAACACAAAAUAAAUAUAUGCCACCACCAGAACUUUAUGUUCCAGAAAGAAAUUAUACUGAAAAUUAUGAAAAUAGUCCGGUAAAACAAGAGGGAGGUCAAAUUAUAGGUGGAGAUUCUCAAAAAACUGCUGAAGCUAGUAGUUCACAAAAUCAAUUACCAUCUAAUAUAAUCAAAUUUACACUUAGGAAUUUAGGUCAAAACAAAGAUACUCUUGAAAAAUUUUAUGCUGGCAGUUUAGAAGGUGGAUAUGUCCCAAAACCAGAUGAAAGUGAAUCAGAAAGCCCUUCAAAAAAUAAAAAAGAAUCAUCUUCAUCAUCAUCAGAUGAAUCAGAUGAAGAUAUCAUUAAAAGUGACAAAAGAAGACCAAAAAUUUCUGUUGAUUGUGUUGGACCAGUAAUUGAAACUGAAAGUGAAAAAACCUAUUCAUCACAAAAAGAGAAGCCAUCAAAAAAAACAAAUAGAUAUGAAACAUCUCAUGUACCAUCAAGUUCAUCAGCUAGUGCUUCAGCAUCAGCCCAUGCCUCUGCAUCAGCCAGUGCAUCAGCAUCAGCAUCUGCUAGUGCUUCUGCAUCAGCAAGUUCAUCACAUACAUCCAUACAUACUUCAACACACACUGAAACACAUACUUCUUCUUAUACAUCAAAUACAUAUAUUUAUCCACAAGCUCCAGCUCCAGCUCCAGUUCCAAUUUCAUAUCAAAUUUCAAAUACUAAAACAAAUCCUCAAACUUCAUCUUCUUCUACCUCUGAAUCAUCAUCAAAAAUUAUCACUACUGGAACAGACCUCAACGGUAACGGAUAUCAAAUUAACGAGAAUAGUAACAUUAAAACAUCCAGUAAUGUAAACGAUAGAAGUAAUCAACAAUCACAAAUAAAAAAAAUUAUUGUGACGACUAAUACAGGUAUUUUAAAUGAAAACAGACAAGCUUCUAGUGCUUCUUCUAUUUUGUCUUCUGCCUCUGCAUCAUCAUCUUUCCCUGCUUCCGAAGAAUCAUCAUCUUCAAUUAAUAGAGAAUCAUUAAAACCUGAUACAUUACAACCUAAAGUAAUUGAAACAUCUUCCGUUAAGGAAAAUAUUCCAGUUUUACCUACAUCAGUAUCAGGUUCUAUAGACUCUUCAUCUUUGAAAAAUCAGGAUAGAUCCGAAACACAUAUUACAGCUGAAAAGGAAAUCCUUACACCAUCUAAUGGUAAAAACGAGAAACAUACAUAUGUUUCUUUGAGUUCAUCAGCUUCUAGUGUCUCAUCAAGCUUACCAGCUUCCAGUGCUUCAUCUACUUCAUCAUCAAGUUUAUCAACUUCAAACGCUUCAUCGAGUUCAUUUUCUAGUGCCUCAUCAAGCUUAUCAGCUACCGAUGCUUCACAUAGCACAUUAAUUUCAAAUACAGGAUAUGAAACAGAAGCUUCAUUAACUGAAGUACCAAAUGUUUCACAGAAGGCAAAAAAUAGUGAGUCAGCUUCAACAGUUGAUAAUACUAAUUCACCCACAAAAAGUAUAGAUAUACCAGCUUCAUCUAUUUCUUUAAAUGCUUUACCUGCUUCUUCAAAAAUUUCAGCAACUUCAUUAAAUGAAAAUGAUGGUAAAGGUAAGCCAUCUUCUUCUAAUAUUGUACCUGCUGCAAUAAGCUCAUAUGUUAAAUCUAAUAAAUUUGAAUCUGAAACUUCAACUGAUACUUCAGAAAAUGCUAAAGUUGCUUCGAUUACAAUAGAUCCAAAUAAUUCAGGCUUAUCUGCUUUGCCUAUAAAAAUUGAAUCUGAAAGUAUAACUGAUACUUCAGAAAAUGUUCCAAAUGCUUCUAGUUCAAUAAAUAUUGCUUUACCAAGUUAUACUAUUUUACCUACUAAAAUUGAAUCUGAAAGUCAAAAUAAUGCUUAUGAAAAUGCUGAAGGUUCUUCUACCUCUAUAAAUAAAGCUUUAUCAAAAAACUCUUUGGCAUCUAAUAAAUUAGAACCAGAAAGUUAUAAUGAUGCCUCUAAAAUAACAACAACUGCUUUUAAUUCUAUAGAUACAGCUUUAUCAGGUUCAUCUGUUUUACCAAAAAGAGUUGAACCAAGUGAAAAAAGUAAUACUUUUGAAAGUAGUGUAACAAUUUCUAAUUUAGAAACAGAUCGAGUAAAUUUAUAUCACUCUUCUAGUGGAGUUGAAUCUAAUAAUGAUGCUCAUAUUUCUAAAACCACAAAUACUUAUUCUCCUUCUGUUAAUACAAUUUCACCUCUCCCAUCUUUUAAAAUUAAAAAUGAAGGUAAUACUUAUGUUCCUGAAUUUAUAAACUCUUUUCACAUAACAUCUGAUAAACCUUCACCAAAUUCUUUUUCCCCAUUUACUAAAAUUGAACCUGAAAGCUAUACUUAUAAAACAAAAAUUAAAUCAACAAAUAUAACUCCUGGUUCAUCUAGUUCACUUAAUAAAGUAACUAGAAUAGAAUCAGAAAGUAUAUCUAAUGCUUCUGAAAUUAAACCUUCUGCUUUUAUAAUAUCUUCUUCAGACAAAAUUAAGUCAGAAGAUCAUAUUUCUACUACUAAACAUGAGACAGCUCCUAUUAAUCUAAAAAAUACUGCUUUAAUACGCACUUCAUAUAAUGUAAUAACUCCUGAUAAUUCUUAUGAAACAAAAUCUCACAUUAUAUUUUCAAAUUAUAAAACAACAGCUUUACCAGAAACAAAUUCUAAGCUUGCUUCAUCAUUUUCUCCAACAGAUAAUAUGCCAAAUUCAAAUGUCCCUGAUUUAGAUAAAGAAACAAUGCUAACAAAAAAUAAAACACCUUUAUCAUCAGAUAAAUCUGCUUUACCAAUUUAUCCAAAUUUUACUACACAAAGUGCUUCUAAUAAUGCUUAUAAUUCUAACAUUCUUCCAUAUUCAAUUAAAAGUACAAUUAAAUCUAUUACAGAUAAAUCACUAACAGAAAAUCCAGUCCCUUCACAAUCAUCAAAUACAAUUUCUGUUGAUAAAUCAAAAACAAUUGAAACAAAUUCACUUCCUUCAUAUUCUAUUAAAACAUCUAUUGAAGAAGUAAAAUCUAUUGACAGUAGUAAUAGUAAUAUUCCUUCAUUAACAGGAAAUACACAAACAAAUAUUCCAUUAUCUGGAAGUUUUACUGAUACAAAAAUUGGUAUGUUAUCUAAUAAUACUUCUGCUUUAUCUACCUCUACUAUGCCAUAUGCUUUGCCGUUUGAUAGCUUUAAAAAAAAUAACAAAAAAGUAGUAGAAUUAAAUGUAGACAACAGUUAUUCUACUUCUCAAAAUAUAGCUGUUGAAAAUAUUUAUAAUUCUAUUUCAUCAACGAGUUUACAAAGUAUAUCACCUAAUGAAUUAAUAAUUAAUCCAACUACUUCCAUUAAUAAUAUUAAUUCAAAUAAUAUAAAAUUAAAUGAAAAAGAUAAAACAAAACAUUUUACACCAGUUUUUUCUUUUCUUUCAUCCAGUACUCCUUUCACAUCAUAUACUAACGUUUUAACAAAAAAUUUUAACAUAGGUAAUACUUUUAAUGAAUCUUUAAAAAAUGGAUUUAUAAAUACUUCAUCAAAUAUUCAUAAUAAAGAUUCAUACUCUAAAUCAAAUUUUUCUGCUAAUAAUAAAGCUGAAAAUAUAAAUGAAUCUACCAAAAAAUAUAAUAUUAAUUUAUAUACAAAAAAUAUAAAAUAUAUUCCAAUUGAUCAAGAAAAAAAUGAGAAAAAAAUGAAUCCUGAAAAGAAAGUUAUGUCAAAUGAAGUCGUGUUAAGAAAUAAAAGUAAUAAAUUAAAUAAUUUAAAUUCUUCAAUUUAUAAUUACAAUAAAGUAAUUAAUACUAAUAAUAUUGAAACAAAAAUAGAAAAUAAAGAAGAAAAAGAAAUAAAUGAGAGUAAUAAAAAUAUUAUAAUUGAUGGAGAUGAUAAUAUAAAAGAAGAGUUACCUAAAGAGAUUGCUUCAUUUAAUAUGCCUUUACCACAUGCUUCAUUAUAUAAUAAUGCUUUACCUAUAACAGUUAACAAAAAUUCUAAAAAUUUUUCAUUUUUUCUUAUUACAGAAACAUCAAAAAUAGAUUUGAAUACUUUAUCUAAUUUAGGAAAUUACAAUAAAAAUAGUAUUCCUGAGACAGAAUCUAAUUUUGUACCAAAAACUGGAUCAAAAUCUCAAAUUGAAGUUGUAAGUUAUAAAACAACAAAUGAAGAAACAGAUAGUAACACAAAUGUAGAAUAUAAGGAAGUAACAGAGGCACCUAGUCCAGUACAAACAAAACCAAUUAACAAUAAUUUAAAAUCUGUUUUACCAAAAAUAGUUAUUGAAAAGUUACCUGUUAAAGAAACUUAUUCUGAAAUUCCUUCAACUAUUUCUUCAACAAAAUCAUAUACUAUUGAAAAUAUUCCAGUUUCUACUAAAGAAAUUUAUGAAACAACCAAUGUUCAUGUAGGAAGUAUUCCACCAAGACCGGGUAAUAAUCAUAAUGAAAAUAUUAAUAAUAUUGAUAAUAUUCCAUUAUCUUCAUCUAAAGAAGAGCCAUCAUCAUCUAAUCAUGCUUCGACUAGCACAGAUUAUGAAAAUAACAUCCCUAAUGUGUCAAUCACAACUCCAGAAGAUAAAAAUAAUUAUAAUAGUAAGAUAUCUUCUGGUAUGCCUUCACUUUCACCAAAUUCAGUGCCAUAUAAAACUGCUUACGAAACAACUAGUAAAAAAAUAGUUGAAGAAAGUAAUAAAAUGAAUGUCCAUACUUCCAAUAAUAUUGACAGUCAUGAUAAUUACUCAUCUUCUUCUUCAUCAAACAAUAAAAUGCCAUUAUCAAUAACGCCUUCUUCAGAAAAUAAAAAUGAAGAUUAUACUAAAAAUGACAUAAAUGCACCAAGUGCUAUUGCUUUUUCAUCUUCAACUAUUGCACCAACCGAAAAAGGUACAAAUAUAAAUAUUUUAAAAAAUUUUAUUUUAUCACAAAAUAAUACACAAUCACCAUAUUUAUCAUCUCAAAGUAAAUAUUCAUUACUAGAUUCAUCAGAAUAUAUACAACAUUCACUUCAUAUACCAGCACAUUCUAUAUCACAUAUGAGUGCACUUUUACAUCCAGCAUCAUCAUCUUAUCAUUUAAAUGAACUACAAUCUAAUGUACAAUCAAUUACAAAUAAUGGAGAAGAAAAUGAAAUUGAACAAAUUAAAGAAGAAAGAAAAGAUGUAACAUCAGAAGUUCCUAAAGAAAUAUAUGUUCCUCCAGCACCAACUUAUAUUGCAUCAAAAACAUCUAUCAUUGAUACAAGCAGAAUAAAAAUUUCUUCAACUGAUGAAAGUUAUGGUGAUAAUACUGCACCAGUACCACUUGAAAGUUCACUUCCAAUUCAACCAAUUAAUCAUGUUGAAGUAUCUCCACCUGGAUCACCAAGCUAUACUGGUACUGGAGUAAAUACUGCUCAUAUAUCAUUACCAGAAUCUAAUAAUGGUCCAGAAAACAUAAGUGAAAAUAUACCAUCAGAAACACAUCCAAAUGAAUUACUUCCAGAAGAAAAAGAAGAAUAUGAUAAAAGAAAAGAAUUUGAAGUAGAUAUUGAUAGACAUGAAAAUGUAACACCACAAAUAGACUCUGUAGGAGUACAAGUUACACCAGCAAAGAUAGAUGGUCAAUCAAAUGUUGAGGAAACUAUUACACAUUCAGUUGCUCCAGCUGAAAUUAUUUCUGAAAUACCAACAGCAACACAUACCGAAAAUUCAGGUAAAGGAGAAGUUUUAACUGAAGAAUUACCAGAAACAGUUCAAACAAGAGGUGAAGGUCGUGCUGGUGACUAUGAUGAAGUUUCAGAAAAUUUACCUUCACCAAAAUCACAAUAUGGUGAAAGUGAAACAGGAAGUGCAAUUUCUGAAUCGUCACAAAAUAUACCAUCACAACCAACAGUUGAAAAUUAUAGACCAAGUGUAUCAACAAAUAAUAAUGGAUACAAUGGUAAUAAUUAUGGUCCAUCACCACAGAUUCCACAACAUAUUGGUACAAAUCAACAGACUUUCUCGAAUAUACCACCAUCUCCAAAUUUUAAUAAUAAUCAAAUGAAUAAUUAUUUAGUUGCUCCACGUUUACCUCAACAGCAAUACUCUCAACCAGGAUGUUGUGGAGGUAAUUGGCUUUCAAGAACAGGUGCUAUUUGUGCUCCAAUAAAUAUGCAACCAUGUAGUUCAUCAUGUGGAACAGGAAACUGUCAACAAUCAUCUCCAUGUAGAAGUGGAAGUUGUGCUUCCUCAUCUUCCUGUGGUAAUGGUGGCUGCGGUGGAUCAUCAUCUUGUGGUUCAGGAGGUUGUGGUGGAUCAUCAUCUUGUGGUUCAGGAGGUUGUGGUGGAUCAUCAUCUUGUGGUUCAGGAGGUUGUGGUGGAUCAUCAUCUUGUGGCUCAGGAGGAUGUGGAUCACAAGGAUUUGCUAUACCUCAACAAUCUUCAUGCCAAAGUACUUGUCCUUGUCCUGCACCAUCAACAUCAAAUACAUGUUGUUGUCCACAAACAACAAAUCUAUUUGGAGGAUUCCCAAAUCUCUUUGGAAGCCUUUGCACGGGUAGAAAGAAGAGAUCUAUUAGUUGGGCUGGAUUAUGUAGAAAAUAUAAAGUUGCGUAA